CCGGCCCGGCGAUGAGCGGCUCGAAGCCCAGGGUGGCCGCGGCCGGGCCCGGCGGGGCGCUGAGUCGCCUGCGCGGGCAGAGGAGCUCCAGCGCGGCCAAUGCCGCCGCGCCUCCGCGGGCCGCCUUGCCGCCCCCGAGGACGGAGGCAGAGCUGCUGGCGCUGGAGGCGGUGCGGCCCGAGCACGUCCUGGGACUCGGCCGCGUCACGGAGCAUUACCUUUGCCGACCUGAAGACAACAUCUACAAUAUCGACUUCACCAAGUUUAAAAUCCGGGACCUGGAGACUGGGACGGUGCUGUUUGAAAUUGCCAAACCUUCAACUUUAGAGCAAGAGGACUACGAGUGUGACCUUGGGGAGGUGGACAGCAGCGCCGGACGCUUCGUUCGCUAUCAGUUCACUCCGGCCUUCCUGCGCCUACGGACCGUUGGGGCAACGGUGGAGUUCACCGUGGGAGACAAGCCCGUCUCCAACUUCCGUAUGAUCGAGAGGCACUACUUCAGGGACCGUCUCCUGAAGAACUUUGACUUUGACUUUGGCUUCUGCAUCCCCUGCAGCAGGAACACCUGUGAGCACAUCUACGAGUUUCCUCAGCUUUCCGAGGACCUCAUACGCUUGAUGGUCGAGAACCCCUACGAGACUCGCUCAGACAGCUUCUACUUUGUGGACAACAAGCUGAUCAUGCACAACAAGGCCGAUUACGCCUACAACGGCGGGCAGUAGCCAUUCCAGCACCGCCUGCGGAUGUUGCGCAGGCCAGAGGCAGCCUGGCCUUGCUCCUCCUUGCCGAGUGGGAGGGGCCUCUUCUGGGACAGUAAAGGAAUUCCCUGGGCCGCUCAUUCCUUGCUCCAUCGUGGCUUCCGUUGGCAUCCUGGUCUGGUGACAAGCCCGCCAGCGGCCCCUCCAAUGGACCAAGCUUGGCAGGCACCCCCUUCCUAGCGCAUCCCGCAGCCCAGAGAGCUGGGCAGGUGUCCGUUGCUCCUCCUCCCGCCUCCUAGCCUGCUUUGCACCCGAGCUGAUGUGUGUCAGGGUUGUCCCUCCGUCUUUGGGGCUCCCGGGGAGGGCGGAACUCGGCAGCAUUUCCUUCUGGGCCUGUUCAAGCAACCGCAACCCCUCGAGGUCUGGCCUGCGUGGUAAAGACGCCUGGGGCCCUCCAGGCAGAGGAGCGGAAGGCGACUCCUGGCUUCUCCUGCCUAGCAGCUCUCACCGGGGAGGUGGGGGCCAUCCUAAUUUUUCCCCUCCCUUCCCCACCCCUCGAGAUUGCCGGGCAGAAGGCAAAGGCCGCAGGUGAGGACUGGCUCGGCCCUCUGGCCGCCUCCCUGUAGACGCUGCUUUGGCAGGAGGGCUGUGGGGCACCCCGUGGCAGUCAGUCUCCAAGGGGGGGGGGCUCCCGGGGGCAAUGGAGUAGUCUAAAAGAGCAACCUUUAAGCCUCUUAGUUGGGGGGAGGGUUAAGUGCCCCCAACAAAAGAGCUUCAGGUGCAGGACGAUUUUCUUUCUUGGGGGGGGGAAGGGGUCGGUUCUCGGGGUGGUCUGGGGAAGGGCUGGUGGUGAGAGUGGUGGGUCGACGCUUCCCCGGCUCUCUCUGGCAAAAGUGCCUUUUUUCUCCAAGGGCUCCCCCCCACCCCCCGA